GUGGCUGUGGGUGAGCUUACAAUUUCACUAGAAUUGCGCACGUCUUCGAAAGUAACUACACAAAGGGGGGUUUAGAUAGAGGACAAAGGUCGAUGGGCUGGCCAUUUCAUUCAUUGAGAUCCUCCGACGCGGACAGAGUUGAGGAAGCUAAUAGAGCCAUAGCCGCAAUAUUUUCUCCCAGUCAUGCUACCCUUCCCGAUAGCACUGUCAAAGAUCUCUCCCCGAAAGGCAGCUCUGUUUGUCAGGAGACCACACAAGAGCGCCGAGGUGAUUCCCGCGUUGGCACGCUUUGGUUGACAUCUCCGCAGGACUCAGGGGUAUCUUGUCUAAAGGAGGGACCAAAGACGGUAGAAAUGAGGGGCUCAGAUUUUCGUUCAUCGUGGAUGUCUAGCCUGUUCAAGUAUCAGGAGUUUUUUUCCAAAAAAAAGUCUCAAUCUGUGGAUUCCUCUCAUUCACUUGGGGUUAGCAGUAGUCUUGCAUGUGAUGGCACCAACAACAAAUUAGAUGUUGACCCGCCUGGGCAAGCAUGUGAAGUAGUUGAAAAAGAGACAAACAAAUUGACGCUCGAUGAAUUGCCACCGUGCCCAAUUGCAGGUUACCAACUCGACAGAAAGCGAGGCCUCGUGGAUAUUUAUAAGUCUCCACCACAUGCACUUUCCAUAAAAGAAUUGCAUUUGCUGAUUAUCGAGCUUUCCAGCAUCGAGCAGCGAUCCAAGAACAUGGUAGACUAUCAGUUUGGACCACAGAUGAAUAGUCGAGGACUACGCGGUAUGGAGUUGCUUAUUAACCCAUGUAUAUUGCUCACGGGUUUGUAUUUCAUGACUUGGCGUGCUGCGAGACUUUGGCAGAGUGCCUUACCACGAAACUCUUUCCUUCUGAACGGCUGGUUGAAGCUCUUAUGCUGGCAUGUACCGGCAGAGAAACAGGAGAGUCUCGCACGCCAGCAUCGUCGUCUUAUGCAAGCCACCAAUGCACAUGUUUCAUUCUCCUUUAUCGUAGGACUUUUCAUGGUUAGUGUGUCGUGGAUCACCUGGCCAUCUUUAAAUGUGAUGGAAACGUCGCCUGAGAUAGUUGUGGGGAAGCAGAAUGUUGCCUAUCAACAGCAUUCGUCAGCUUCACUGAAGUGGUUAUGGUUUGUGUACUACAAUCACCCGGUUUAUGCUCCGCAGGCCGUAAGCGUGCUGACACCCAAGCUAUUGCAGUAA